AUGGCAGGCUCAGGCAACAGUCGUUCAUGGCGCAAGCAUCUGUUCAAAGCCAUCCUGAUGAUCCUAGUGGUCUUCGUCCUCCUUCAAUCAGCAUCAUCCCAGUCCCAUCGAGACUUUGCACCCCCUGGCACCCAAAAGAGGGAGGCCCCGGUGGAUCUUCUGACCCAGAUAGGCCGAUCAGUGCGAAGGACCCUGGAUGCCUGGAUUGGGCCAGAGAACAUGCACCUGGUGGCGGAGACCUGUUCUCAGGUGAUGUGGGCCAUCUCCUCAGCCAUCUCUGUGGCCUUCUUUGCUCUGUCUGGGAUCGCCGCACAACUCCUGAAUGCCCUGGGAGCAGACGGUGAUCAGCUUACACAGUGCCUGAAGCUCAGCCCCAGCCAGGUGCAGACCUUCCUGCUCUGGGGAGCCGGGGCCCUGGUCGUCUACUGGCUGCUGUCCCUGGUCCUUGGCGUGGUUUUGGCCCUGCUGGGGCGCAUUCUUUGGGGCCUGAAGCUCGUCAUCUUCCUGGCCGGCUUUGUGGCCUUGGUGAGAUCGGUGCCUGACCCGUCCACCAGGGCCCUGCUGCUUCUGGCCCUGCUGACCCUGUAUGCCUUCGUGAGCCGUCUCACCGGCACCCGGGCCUCUGGGGCCAGGCUGGAAGCCAAGGUGCAGGGGUUGCAACGCCAGGUGGAAGAGCUGCGCUGGCGUCAGAGGCGUGUGGCCAAGGGGCCCCGGAGCGUGGAGGAGGAGUGA